UGAAUUCUCGAAAUUCGGCGCUUUUAUUGGAGGAUUAGGGCCUACGGUUGUUUUCGGAUUGAUGCUUCAUUUCCAAGUUGAAUUCAAAAUUUCGAAUCGCGUCGCUUCAAUUGGUCAAUUGUAGCAGCGACACGCCUUCAUAUUAUUCCCGUGAAGCCAUUUCAAAAAUUUUAGGGCAAUUCUGACGUCGCCUGUCACCCUUCAUAAUAAGGAAGUCGUUUAACUUUCGAAUUGCGAAAUUCUCCGAAAUUACUGAUUACUUAUGCAAACAUAGUAUUUGUGCAAGAUAAGAUAAAUAGGUUUAACUGGCAGAUUAUCUCUACGCUUUUUAUUUUACCUGGAGGCCCUAAUUUUUGAAACUAUUCUCGCUUCGAUCACAUUUCGAUACAUAGGGCAAUAUCGAGUUCGUACAGAAAGGUGAAUGGCCUUUAUUCAGUCCUUAAAACAAUAUACGGGUUGGAAAUUUCUUCGUCAUUUCGAUGAAAAAGCCUUUUUUAAAUAAAUUAUCGCGUAUCUUGGAGACAAUUGCAGCUGUCAGAUAAUUUACAGAGGCUUAGAUAUAAGAGGAUUAAAGGAAGAUAAAUUGAGAAAAUGAUGGAGAAGAAUAUUAUGUUUCGUUGGGUGACAAUUUCUGCGUUGUUAAACAUCCUUCGGGCGUCCACUCCACUUAAACAAUCGUGUCCGCCCCCGGAGAACAUCCACCCGUGUACGUGCCAGACGGUGACACCCAAGGAUAACGAAAUCUGGGUUACGUGUGAUAAAAUCGAGUCCCUGCAGAAAUUAACGCGUUCGAUAUCGGCCUUGAAAGGCCACGCCAUUGACAAGUUUAGGAUGACAUCCUCGCAAAUAGGUUUCAUACCCAGCAACCUCUUCUAUCAAACCACAAUUUCCGAUAUCGUAAUCGACAGUACGGAAAUUAACAGCUUCACUCAGUCCGAAGAGCACCCAUUUUUGGGAUUAGAAAAUCGCUUAGUCAGCGUUUCCAUCAGGAAUUGCCAACUCGGAACGGGAAUCGACUGGGAAAGAUUUUCUAAAGUCAACAGUUUGACGUAUCUCGAUUUGAGCUUUAAUACCUUUAAGACGGGGGAGAAGGAGUCGUUCCGUUUCAGUCAUCCUACGUUAGCAUCGUUGACUUUAAAGGGAAGUAACGUCGAAUCGGUGGCAGACGAUGCAUUUGCCAGACUGCUCAAUGUGAUAUUUUUGGAUUUAUCGGAAAAUAAAUUGAAAUCACUGAAGAGAUGCAUGUUUCCGAGGGAUUCUAAGAUCAAGUUUCUCAAUUUAAGUAAUAAUAGAUUAUCGUCACUCCCUAAUGAUAUCUUCAGCAAUAUGUUACACCUGAAAAGAAUUUAUCUUAUGUACAAUCGAUUGCAAACGUUCGACGAAUUAACAUGGAGGCCCGUCAUCGGCACGCUGGAGCACCUCGACAUCGACAAUAAUCCUAUUGUGUGCGACUUAUCAGUUUGUUGGAGCACCAAGUACGAUCAUCCUGGCCAUUUUUACGGAAAAUGUUCGCAACCUCCGACUCUGAGAGAUCGGCCUCUCAGAUCCCUCAACUAUUGGCAAGUGGACAACUGCACUCGUCCUAUUGUACGUUAGUAAAAUGAAAAUGUUUUUCUCCCGAAAAUAAAUCAAUUUCUUAAUCCUUUUA